CGGAAGCCGGGCUGCGCGGCGCGGCAGUGUAGUGGCGGCUCGUGUACCCCCAGCGCGGACCCAAAGGGGCUCGGGCCGCUCGGGCCGGGAAUGGCGGCGGCGGCCGAGCCCGGGGCCCGCGCCUGGCUGGGCGACGGCUCCCCGCGCCCCGGCAGCCCGGCCUGCAGCCCCGUGCUGGGCGCAGGAGGCCGCGCGCGCCCGGGGCCGGGGCCGGGGCCGGGACCGGAGCGGGCAGGCGCCAGAGCCCCGGGCCCCGCUGCCGCGCCGGGACACAGCUUCCGGAAGGUGACGCUCACCAAGCCCACCUUCUGCCACCUCUGCUCCGACUUCAUCUGGGGGCUGGCCGGCUUCCUGUGCGACGUCUGCAAUUUCAUGUCUCAUGAGAAGUGCCUGAAGCAUGUGAGGAUCCCGUGCACGAGUAUGGCACCCAGCCUGGUCCGGGUUCCUGUGGCCCACUGCUUCGGCCCCCGGGGGCUCCACAAGCGCAAGUUCUGUGCUGUCUGCCGCAAGGUCCUGGAGGCGCCUGCGCUCCACUGCGAAGUGUGUGAGCUGCACCUCCACCCAGACUGUGUGCCCUUCGCCUGCAGUGACUGCCGCCAGUGCCACCAGGAUGGGCACCAGGACCACGACACCCAUCACCACCACUGGCGGGAGGGGAACCUGCCCUCGGGAGCGCGCUGCGAGGUCUGCAGGAAGACGUGCGGCUCCUCUGACGUGCUGGCUGGCAUGCGCUGCGAGUGGUGCGGGGUCCAGGCGCACUCCGUCUGCUCCGCGGCGCUGGCUCCCGAGUGUGGCUUCGGGCGUCUGCGCUCCCUGGUCCUGCCCCCCGCGUGCGUGCGCCUUCUGCCCGGCGGCUUCAGCAAGAUGCAGAGCUUCCGCAUCGUGGAGGCAGCGGAGCCGGGCGAGGGGGGCGACGGCGCCGACGGGAGCGCUGCCGUGGGUCCAGGCAGAGAGACACAGGCAACUCCGGAGUCCGGGAAGCAAACGCUGAAGAUCUUUGAUGGCGACGACGCGGUGAGGAGAAGCCAGUUCCGCCUCAUCACUGUGUCCCGCCUGGCCGGUGCCGAGGAGGUGCUGGAGACCGCACUGCGGGCCCACCACAUCCCGGAGGACCCUGGCCACCUGGAGCUGUGCCGGCUGCCCCCUUCCUCUCAGGCCUGUGAUGCCUGGGCUAGGGGCAAGGCCGGGAGUGCUGUGAUCUCGGAGGAAGGCAGAAGCCCCGGGUCCGGCGAGGCCACGCCAGAGGCCUGGGUCAUCCGGGCUCUGCCGCGGGCCCAGGAGGUCCUGAAGAUCUACCCUGGCUGGCUCAAGGUGGGCGUGGCCUACGUGUCCGUGCGAGUGACCCCGAAGAGCACGGCCCGCUCUGUGGUGCUGGAGGUCCUGCCGCUGCUCGGCCGCCAGGCCGAGGGUCCCGAGAGCUUCCAGCUGGUGGAGGUGGCGAUGGGCUGCAGGCACGUCCAGCGGACGGUGCUGAUGGAUGAACAGCCCCUGCUGGACUGGCUACAGGACAUCCGGCAGAUGUCCGUGCGGCAGGUGAGCCAGACGCGGUUCUACGUGGCAGAGAGCAGGGAUGUAGCCCCGCACGUCUCCCUGUUUGUUGGUGGCCUGCCUCCCGGCCUGUCCCCCGAGGAGUACAGCAGCCUGCUGCAUGAGGCCAUGGCUACCAAAGCCACCGUGGUGUCCGUGAGUCACGUCUACUCCUCCCAAGGUGCGGUAGUGCUGGACGUCGCCUGCUUUGCGGAGGCCGAGCGGCUGUAUGUGCUGCUGAAGGACAUUGCUGUGCGGGGCCGGCUGCUCACUGCCCUGGUGCUCCCCGACCUGCUGCACGCGAAGCUGCCCCCAGACAGCUGUCCCCUUCUUGUGUUCGUGAACCCCAAGAGUGGAGGCCUCAAGGGCCGAGACCUGCUCUGCAGCUUCCGGAAGCUACUGAACCCUCACCAGGUCUUCGACCUGACCAAUGGGGGUCCUCUUCCUGGGCUCCACCUGUUCUCCCAGGUGCCCUGCUUCCGGGUGCUGGUGUGUGGUGGCGAUGGCACCGUGGGCUGGGUGCUCGGCGCCCUGGAGGAGACACGGUACCGACUGGCCUGCCCGGAGCCUUCUGUGGCCAUCCUGCCCCUGGGCACAGGGAAUGAUCUUGGUCGAGUCCUCCGCUGGGGGGCAGGCUACAGCGGCGAGGACCCGUUCUCCAUACUGCUGUCCGUGGACGAGGCCGACGCCGUGCUCGUGGACCGCUGGACCAUCCUGCUGGAUGCCCACGAGGCUGUCAGUGCAGAGAACGGCCCGGCAGACGCAGAGCCCCCCAAGAUCGUGCAGAUGAGUAACUACUGUGGCAUUGGCAUCGACGCAGAGCUGAGCCUGGACUUCCACCAGGCACGGGAAGAGGAGCCUGGCAAGUUCACAAGCAGGCUGCACAACAAGGGUGUGUACGUACGGGUGGGGCUGCAGAAGAUCAGUCACUCUCGGAGCCUGCACAAGCAGAUCCGGCUGCAGGUGGAGCGGCAGGAGGUGGAGCUGCCCAGUAUUGAAGGCCUCAUCUUCAUCAACAUCCCCAGCUGGGGCUCGGGGGCCGACCUGUGGGGCUCUGACAGCGACGCCAGGUUUGAGAAGCCGCGCAUGGACGACGGGCUACUGGAGGUGGUGGGCGUGACGGGCGUCGUGCACAUGGGCCAGGUCCAGGGUGGGCUGCGCUCCGGAAUCCGGAUUGCCCAGGGUUCCUACUUCCGAGUCACGCUCCUCAAGGCCACCCCGGUGCAGGUGGACGGGGAGCCCUGGGUCCAGGCCCCAGGGCACAUGAUCAUCUCAGCUGCUGGCCCUAAGGUACGUGGGGUGAGGCUGGAGAGCCAGGGGAGGUGGGCCGGGCUGGGCCGGCCAUGGGAGUGGCUGCUGGUACCCAGGUGGUGCUGGCAUGGCCGGCUGCGGCCAGGGAGCACUGACUCCGGGAGGGAGCCUGCCUCAGAGGAGGGCUGUGCCAGCGGUCAGGCGGGCCACAGAUGGCACAGGGAGCAGCCAGACAGGUCCCUCCCCUUCCGUGAAAUGGGGCUGAGAUGGCAUCAGCUGCCCAGGGCCCCAGGACUGGGGGCUGCCCGUGUACCGUUCUUCCAUCGGCCAUGUCACUCUGGUCCUGUGUCCCCUGCCCUGGGACAGGUCCACAUGCUGAGGAAGGCCAAGCAGAAGCCGAGGAGGACCGGGACCACCAGGGAUGCCCGGGUGGAUGCUGCGCCUGCCCCUGAGGGCGAGCCUAGGUAGGGGUGGCUGGGCAGCCCAGGGGCUCGAGCCAUCUCUGCCCCCGCCAGCCUUGUUUUCAGGUGGUCUGGAGGCAGCUGCACGUCCACACAGUGGCCGGCCCUGUGGUCGGACCUGACGACAGCCCUGACCGCAGCAUCUUCCCGGGGACGGAGUGGGACCAGCCCUCAUCCCAUUGGUGACACAUGUUGGUGUCACAGCCCUCAUCCCACUGGAGACUGCUGGGCGGGUGGCAGUGUUUCCCCGUGUCCCAGGUGGGCACAGGGCUCUAGGUGGCGAGCCCUCCGCCCUGUGGGGGCCUGGUCCUCUCCUCAGGGGUGGGCACUCAUCCCUCCAUCUCUCUCCCCACCGAGCCCCUUGAGCUGGAUGGUGCUGGACGCAGGCCGUCCAGGUGGAUCUGACCUCACUUUGUGCCCCUCGGGCCGUCCCCCUGGCCAGUCAGAGCAGCAGGCUCCCUGGUCUGUCCCUGCCCCAGCAGACACAGGCUGCCAGCACCUCCAGCCUCACCUCCCCACCCCGGGCAGCAGGUGUGGGCAGUCCCUGGUGGGCAGCGUGUCAGGCUGCCGGGUGGUGGUGAUUGGUGACUUCUUUGUGUUCGGGGAAGGGAGAAGGUGCCUUCCCUUGUUUUCUGGCCUUGUUAUAUACAGAUGGCAGCUUGGACCCCAGGUACAGCUCCAGGGGCAGGCAGUGCCCAGCUGGACCUGGUGGCCCUUUCCUAGUGCCUCUGCUGGGGGAGGAGAACCUCUGUCCAUGUGGAGGCUAGGUGGUCUCAGGUGCUGCCACCAGAGUGUGGGCCAGGCCCGAGUGUCUGCCCCUCGGCCCUCAGGGUGCGGCAUUUAGCACCCAGAAGGGACCAAAAGCAGGGCAUGGCGGCGCAGAGGAGUUUGUGGAGGUGUAAACAGCCCCAUGCAUGUGGAGGAGGAGCUGGCUUUCAGCCCCAGACCCCACGCUAGCACUUUCCACGCUGCUUGCCCGCUGUUGACGUGCAGUUCCCAGUGCCUGUGUGAGCUGACAUCUGCUCGGUCCUAUCCCUCGUCAGUGUGUGGAGACCCAGCUCCUGCAGCGCCCCUGCUCCCACGCCCCCAGACAGCUUGGUGGAGGGUCCUGCAUCUGGGCCAGGCUGGGGUGCACCCAGCCAAAGACAAAGCUGCCUCCACGUGCCCAAGGAUUCAGAUGGCGCACUGGCCCCAGGAGGAGUCUGACCAAAAAUGGAGCCAGCUCUGUGGGAAGCCCCAACUCCCCCCAUAAGAAACGGUCCCAUGGUGUGGAUCUCCCCCUUCCCUUGUGGGGCACAGCUGGCCUGGGCCUCUGAUUCUGCGGAGCUUUCCUGGGUGUGGCUGUGACCUCAGAAGUGGCUCUGGUUUGGCCUCAGGAGUGUGUGGUCUGGCCCAGCCUGCUGCAGCCUCCUGGGGGGCCCUUGGUGCCACUAAUCCCCCGACCCCCCGCUUCUGCCAGAACUGCACAGACGCAUGCAUUGUAAGGCCGCUUGCGGCCUCCAGUGUGCACUCGUUUACGUCGUCAUCUUCAAGACCAGUCCUUCGUGAUUAGUUUUGCUUCGCGAGCCCUGGUGUGGACUGUGGUCUGUAUGAAUCGUGUGUAACUGUGGUGAGGGGCUAGUCCUGUAUGUGAGUCUGUACCCAGGUGGGGUCUGUGCCCUGCACACCGGGCCCCUCUAUUUAUCGCUGCCUGAAUGCAACAGUAAUUUAUAUCCAGGACAAAUACAGUCUGGGCGUCACUAUCCUA